UUUUCUUAAAAUGGUAACAAAACAAAACAAACAAAAAACUGCGAGGGGCGAUAAGAUGGACAGUCUGGGAUUUUCUUUAAGAUGUAGUCCUGACACUUUUUACUUCGGUGCAAACUGCACACAGUCCCCAGUCCCUGUAUCCUCACCUGCAACUUCGUUUAGCCGAACUCCUGUGCUCUGCCACUACUGAGGCUCUCCGGGACACAUCCCCCAACUGAGCACCAAUGGGGUGUCCCUGGGUUGGGGAAUCAUUGAAACUUGAGGGGGGAUAUAAAUAGACUAUUUCCAGUGCUUCUGACCCUUGCCUGCUGCGGAUCCCCGCAAAGGGGUGUAGGCCUAGGGGUCAAGGUCCAACCCUCGGCUCCCUGCACCCAGACGGAAGGCUGGAGCCCGUGGUGCCGGCGGGAGCUCCAGUCCACUCUCGCCAGCUCCAGUUCCUGAUUUCCGCGGGAGCUACGGGGCUAGGAGGGAGGGGGCUGCAGGGCGAGCUGGAGGAUUUGAAUGAGAAAGCAGGUUGUGCAGCGUCGGCGCCCCGCUCUUCCCUGCGCGUCUUGGGAGAGGGGGCGGUCCUGCCGGCUGGUGGGGAGAAGUGUCCUUCUAGGAGUCUUUCUGACCCUUGACAAGGUUUUGGAGUUGGAGUCACAGGAGCCAAUAACUCGUCACUCGCGCACUUUGGAGGUCGCUCCUGCGCCGAGGACUCCGAAGAAUCCUUCCUCUGCCGAACACUCAAAGUUGAGCAGGGCAAUUUGGUUUUGAUGCUGUGCCAGAAAUCUUCUGACAAUGAGUUACUGGAACUUGGAGAAAAAGAACUGUGUGCAGUACCGCAGGCAUUUUCUGGUGGACAACAGCGUGUUUCACGUUGAAAGAUGCAUGAGUGUAAUGCAGUCCGGGACACAGAUGAUCAAACUGAAGCGUGGGACCAAAGGGCUUGUCCGACUCUUUUACCUGGAUGAACACCGGACCCGCCUCCGAUGGAGACCCUCCAGGAAGAGCGAGAAGGCCAAAAUACUUAUUGACUCCAUUUACAAAGUCGCUGAGGGGCGGCAGUCGGAAAUAUUCCACAAACAAGCCGAGGGGAACUUUGACCCCAGCUGCUGCUUUACCAUCUACCAUGGUAACCACAUGGAGUCCCUGGACCUCAUCACCUCCAACCCCGAGGAGGCCCGCACCUGGAUCACAGGCCUCAAGUACCUGAUGGCUGGCAUCAGUGAUGAAGAUUCCCUUGCCAAAAGGCAAAGGACUCAUGACCAGUGGGUGAAACAGACCUUUGAGGAAGCUGAUAAGAAUGGAGACGGCUUAUUGAAUAUUGAAGAGAUACACCAACUGAUGCAUAAACUAAAUGUCAACUUACCCCGAAGAAAAGUCAGACAAAUGUUUCAGGAAGCUGAUACAGAUGAGAAUCAGGGAACUUUGACAUUUGAAGAGUUCUGUGUUUUUUACAAAAUGAUGUCCUUGAGACGAGACCUUUAUUUGCUGCUCUUGAGCUACAGUGACAAGAAAGAUCACCUAACUGUGGAAGAGCUGGCUCAGUUUUUGAAGGUGGAACAAAAGAUGACUAAUGUGACAGCAGACUAUUGUCUUGACAUCAUAAGGAAAUUUGAAGUUUCAGAAGAAAAUAAGGCGAAAAAUGUUCUUGGCAUAGAAGGCUUCACAAACUUCAUGCGAAGUCCUGCUUGCGACGUCUUUAACCCGUUGCACAACGAAGUGUACCAGGACAUGGACCAGCCCCUGUGCAACUACUACAUCGCUUCCUCUCACAACACGUACCUGACUGGGGACCAGCUCCUUUCUCAGUCCAAGGUGGACAUGUAUGCUCGGGUGCUGCAGGAGGGCUGUCGCUGCGUGGAAGUCGACUGCUGGGAUGGCCCAGACGGGGAACCAGUCGUUCACCACGGUUAUACUCUCACUUCAAAAAUCCCCUUCAGAGAUGUCGUGGAGACCAUCAACAAGCACGCGUUUGUGAAGAAUGAGUUCCCGGUCAUACUGUCGAUUGAGAAUCACUGCAGUGUGCAGCAGCAAAGGAAGAUUGCUCAGUACCUGAAAGGAAUAUUCCAGGACAAACUGGACCUAUCGUCUGUUGACACGGGAGAGUCCAAGCAGCUUCCAAGCCCUCAAAGUUUGAAAGGCAAAAUCCUAGUGAAGGGUAAGAAGUUGCCUUAUCAUCUUGGAGAUGACGCAGAGGAAGGAGAAGUUUCGGAUGAAGACAGUGCAGAUGAAAUUGAAGAUGAGUGCAAAUUCAAGCUCCAUUAUAAUAACGGGACCACUGAGCAUCAGGUGGAGUCUUUCAUAAGGAAAAAACUGGAGUCCCUGUUAAAAGAAUCUCAAAUUCGAGACAAAGAAGAUCCUGAUAGUUUCACAGUGAGGGCACUACUGAAGGCCACGCACGAAGGCUUAAAUGCACACCUGAAGGAGCAUCCAGAUGUGAAGGAAGGUGGAAAGAAAUCACAUGGACGAUCCCUCAUGACCAACUUCGGAAAACAUAAGAAAACUACAAAAUCACGGCCUAAAUCUUACAGUGCUGAUGAGGAGGAGGAUGCACAGCAGAAUUCUGGCAAGGAGCCUGGCCAACUGUGCAGGUUGGGCCGCCGGAGGAAAACCGUGAAGCUCUGCCGAGAGCUCUCAGACUUAGUGGUGUACACGAACUCGGUGGCCGCCCAGGACAUUGUGGAUGAUGGAACCACAGGAAAUGUGUUAUCAUUCAGUGAAACAAGAGCUCAUCAAGUGGUUCAGCAGAAAUCAGAGCAGUUCAUGGUGUAUAACCAGAAGCAGCUGACCAGGAUUUACCCCUCCGCCUACCGCAUCGACUCCAGCAAUUUCAACCCUCUGCCCUACUGGAACGCAGGCUGCCAGCUUGUGGCACUGAACUACCAGUCUGAAGGGCGAAUCAUGCAGUUAAAUCGAGCCAAAUUCAAGACAAAUGGCAACUGUGGCUAUGUCCUGAAGCCCCAGCAGAUGUGCAGAGGUACUUUCAACCCUUUCUCUGGUGAUCCCCUUCCUGCGAACCCCAAAAAGCAGCUCAUCCUGAAAGUGAUCAGUGGACAGCAACUCCCCAAACCUCCCGACUCCAUGCUUGGAGACCGAGGAGAGAUCAUUGAUCCCUUUGUUGAAGUUGAAAUUAUUGGAUUGCCAGUAGAUUGUUGUAAAGAUCAAACCCGUGUGGUGGAUGACAAUGGAUUUAACCCUGUGUGGGAAGAAACCCUGACAUUUACAGUACACAUGCCAGAACUAGCUCUGGUCCGGUUCCUUGUGUGGGAUCAUGAUCCCAUUGGACGAGACUUCGUUGGACAAAGGACUGUGACCUUCAGCAGCCUAGUCCCUGGCUACCGGCAUGUCUAUUUGGAAGGAUUGACAGAAGCAUCCUUAUUUGUCCACAUAACAAUCAAUGAAAUCUAUGGAAAGUGGAGCCCUUUAAUACUCAACCCCAGUUACACUAUAUUGCACUUUCUAGGUGCUACAAAGAACAGACAGCUCCAGGGUCUGAAGGGACUGUUCAACAAGAAUCCCAGGCACAGCUCUUCAGAAAACAGCUCUCACUACGUUCGGAAACGAUCCAUCGGAGACAGAAUCCUGCGUCGCACAGCCAGUGCUCCAGCCAAAGGCAGGAAAAAGAGCAAAAUGGGCCUCCAGGAAAUGGUAGAGAUAAAGGAUUCUGUGUCCGAGGUUGCGAGAGACCAAGACGGUGUGGUGAGGAGGACCACGCGGAGUCUGCAAGUGCGCCCCGUCUCAAUGCCCGUUGACAAGUGUUUUCUCGGGUCUUUGGCGCUGCCUGUGUCCGAAGCAGCAGAAGACACUGAAGGAAAAGAAAACUCUCCGGCAGAAGACAAGGAUGGCAGCAGAGAUGGGAAGGCAAGUAUAAAAGACCAACAUUUUCCAAUGUUCAACAAAAAGUUGUCCACUUCCUCCAGCGCUCUUCUCCACAAAGACAUCAGCCAAGGGGACUCUGCUGUUUCUACUGCCCCCACGCCAAUCACAGAACCAUUGGGAGUGCCAGGGUCUAAGGGUGGGAGGACCAAGUCAUCUGUGUUAGGUGAUGGCCAGGAACACCACUGUCCAGACAAAUCCCUCUCCCUAAGGCAGCAUUUGGCUCUUAAUCCUACAGUUCACCUAACACAAGGUCUGUGUGGUGUGAAAACCAAGGAAAAUGGAAAUGCUGGGGGCUUUGUGGAAGGGAAAAGCUCAUUGUCAGGAAGCAUUCUUUCUCAAAGCAAUCUGGAGAUUAAGAAGCUGGAAGGCAAUUGGGGUAAAGGUAGAGCUGCAAUAUCCUUUUCACUGUCAGAUGUCUCUACGCUGUCUACUGACAUACCUGAGUUACAUUCUACCGCGAUUCUGCAGGAGACUGACAUUUCCCAUCUUAUUGACAAUGUCACUUUAACCAAUGAGAAUGAACUGGGCAGUUCCAUCUCAGCACUGAUUGGCCAGGUUGAUGAGACCAGGAAUCAGGCUGACCUGACAGUGGUUUCUCAUCUUCAUAGUACCAGUGUGAUGUCAGGCCAUCCUCCCUUGCCCACUGUGGACCUAAAAAUGCCUUUCAAGCAUGGCUUUUCCAAGGGAAAACCCAAGUCUUCCCUGCUGUGCUCAUCUCCUGGGCAAGUUUCAGUCUCAAGUCCUCAGACCUCUGAAUGUUCAACAUGCACAGUUGUUUGUGCAACUACCCAUACUUCUAAUGUCUCUAAAACCAAACUAGAUGACGACCCGUCUGGUAAGGCCAAGGCAGGGGCCGUAGAAAGCAACCUGCCUCUUUCCUUUAGUGCUUCUCACUGCUGGUUACCCAAAAGUCCCACCAAUGGGAAAGACUGGGAAACACUCAAGAACCACAGCCCUGCCUCGUCCACUGACUUGACACUGGGAGAUGUGAUAGCUGGUCCCACUCUCUGUUUAAUUUCUGGGGAGAGCAGUCUCGUAGAAAUGGAUGGGGACUCAGAAAACCUGUCUAUAACCACCUAUGAAUACAGGCGAGAAGGCACGAGUCACCUUGCUUCUCCUUUAAAACUGAAGUACAGUCAGGAUGUGGUGGAACAUUUUCAAAGAGGCUUGAGAAAUGGCUACUGUAAAGAGACUCUCCACCCUCCUGUCUCUGAAGUAUUCAACAAUAUUCAAGAUGUCAAAAAUCAAAGUAUUUCUCAUCUAGCCUAUCAGGGUGCUGCUUUUAUGCACAAGCACUUCUCAAGUUCAGAUGCAAAAAUGAACCAGACCUGCGUGCCCCCAUCUAGUGCUCAAGACUUGCAUGCCCCUGCACCCAAGCAGUCCCCACACCCUCCUCUGCCUGUUCUGAAGCUGCCCAGUCCCUGCAAAUCCAAAAGUCUGGGGGACUUAACAUCAGAGGACAUUGCCUGCAAUUUUGAAAGCAAGUACCAGUGUAUCAGUAAGAGUUUUGUUACAACUGGCGUCAGAGACAGGAAGGGUGCGACUGUGAAGACAAAGUCAUUAGAACCCAUGGAUGCCCUGACUGAGCAGCUGCGGAAGCUUGUGUCCUUUGACCAGGAAGACAGCUGCCAAGUGCUGUAUUCGAAGCAGGAUGCCAAUCAAUUCCCCAGAGCACUGGUCCGAAAGUUGUCAUCCAGAAGUCAGAGCAGAGUGCGCAAUAUUGCCAGUCGUGCCAAGGAAAAGCAGGAAGCCAGCAAGCAAAAAGGUGUGAACCCCACCCACGUGGGUGGAGUGAUUCUUCGAAACAAACCCUCAGCGCCCCCUCCCACAGGGAACCGGCACUCCACCGGCUCCUACAUAGCCGGGUACCUGCGGAGCACCAAGGGCAGCGCAGCGGAGGGCCGGGGCGUCCCGGAGGGCGCAUGUGCAGCCCUGCACGCCGGCCACGCUGACCAGUUUUGCUCAGAUAAUUCUGUUUUGCAGACAGAGCCCAGCAGCGAUGAUAAACCAGAAAUUUAUUUUCUUCUGAGACUGUGAAUUACAUGAAGCUGCAUUUUCAAUGUUUACAAGGUAUUCUGUAGAAUUGUCAGAGUUUUAGUAAAUCCUUGGCUUUGAAAUGAUUUUAAAAUGUAUUUUUAAACUUGUAUUUUGGUCUCCCUUCGACUCCAUGAGUUCUUUCUGUUUAUGCGUUUAUAUACAGAUUUGGGCAACAUUUCCCAUGUACCAAUGCUCUUUCUCCCCUGUGCUGUAAACUCUCUCGGUGUGGAAUAUGUGCAUGCCCUAGACGUGAAACUUCUCAGCAGCCCGGGUUACCAUGUGCGUAUGUUUCACCCAGAUGCUCUUCCGCGCGGAGUCCUCAGUUCACUGUCACAAAUGUAGUCAUUUUCACUCUCACUCGAGUUACCGAAGAGUCUUUGCAAAGGACAAAGGGAUGAAUUCUUGAUUUUAAAGCCAUUAUCAUCUUCCUUAUUUUUCUUUCUUUGUUGAGAAGCCCAGAUGCAUUUUAAUAACUCAGUUAAAACAUGAUUAAAAUUAUUACCUUAAAAUUUCUCUUCCUCAACCAGAAUAAGAGUUGGAAGGAGAUGGGUAGGUGCUCCCCACAGACUCUCAUUUUACAGAAGGCUGUGAGGGCAUGAGGGACAGAGCAAACUUCUGUAUAGGAGGGCAAAAUUGUUUGUUUUACAUACAUUUGUAACCUAUUUUUGCUAAUGGCUUUGUAUGUAACAAGAACACAGUUGCCGAGCUGUGCGCUGUGCUUCUGCAUUUCAUGGUUAAAUUAUAGACUGCAAAUAAUGGCUCGCAGAAAGAGAGACUUCCAUCAGAUGCUAACGAUAGCAGCAGGAAAUGAAAACCCCCCAUCCCCCCAAAGCUUUUAAGAAAAAAAAACUUUCUCAUAAUAAAACCCAAGUGAAUAGAUAAUUAGAAGAAACCCUUUUCCUUCAGGGAGCCAAGUAACUAUAUUUUAGUACAACAUACAUUAUUUUCACUGUGAACCCGUUUUUGUAUCGCAUGUUCACACGUCCCUCUUUGCUUUUUUGUAACAUUAACUGCAAUGAUGUUCUGGGAAUUCAUGAAAAUAUAAUUAAAGCAGAUUUUUAAACA